CAAACCGGUCUUUUCGUUCAAUUUGGUGUCCAACACGUAACAGAUUCUGUUUACCUGGCGCCUAUGUGGCGUGGAUAUGCGCACGUGUCUUCAGGAUGCUGGUAACGGGGCUGAUGUGGUGCUAGUGGAGAAAGUAAUGGGACAUUGUAGUCCUUGGGCACUCGCACGACGUCGUUUCUGGUUAAUGUUUUGCAGUGGUGAGUGUGACUUAUGAAAUAUGCCAGUGCUGCCCAUAUCAGUGAGAAAGAAUUACAAGCCGUCCUAGCACUACUAAACUUUUCCCUCCAAAAAAUACAACGCUUCGUCUCCGCAUUGUCGUCGUUGCAGUUCCGUGGAGGAGUUCCAUAUUGAAGCUCCGUGGUUAUACCUGCGUCUGCCGUAGAGAGUGAUGGUUGAUGUCUUUGGUGUUCCCGUGUUCCAUCAUGGGGGUAACUUUUCACGGAGGGCUAGCGGUGAGUUGGUGUAUCUUAAUGGUCAAGUUGAAAAGUUUUCUCCGAUGGACUUGGAUUUUGUCAAUUUCGGCGAUCUGGUCAUGAUGUUCAAAGGACUGGGAUAUCAAUCCUAUAAGGAGGCUUACUAGUAUGAUCCAAAAAGUAAAGAUAUGGAGUCAGGGUUGCAUGUACUGAGGGGGGACGCAGGGAUCAACCAAAUGCGACAGGCUAAGUUGAGGAACAAAGAUACUGAAGAGUUUUACAUUUUUUUGACUAUCCUAUUGACGAACAUGAGAUCGCAGAUGAUGAUUUUGAGAAAAAUGCUGAGGUUGAGGAAGAAGUCGAUCCAAAUGACUUGGAGAAGUCGGAUGGCUCGUCUACCGACGAUGAUAGCACUUACAGUGAUGAAGAUGAGCCGUAUAAACCACCACCAGCUGGUUAUGAAAGUGGGAGUGAUACUGGUGAAGAUGAUGAGGGCAGAAGGGUUAGAGCUGCCAAAGGAAAGAGGAAACAUGUGUCUCCAUCGUCGCGGAAAGGGGUUGAUCCCAAUGAGAAGCUAAAAAAACAAGCAACACAUGAGUUUAAAAGGCAGAGAUUUAAAGCAAGAAGGGUGGGCUCAGCUGGUGAAAGUUCCUCAAGGUCUACUGGGCCUGCUAAACAGCCCAGCACUAGUAGGCCUGGAAAUCAGCCCAACAUAUCUAGGCUUGCUAGGGAGCCCAGCAUGAGGCCAGCCGUUGCAGAUUAUGUCAGUGAUGUAGACACUGAUAAUGAAGACAUUGUGUUUGAGUACGAGUCUGAAGAGCUGCAUACCCCUGUCUCAUUAGAGGAUGAAGGGAACAAACCACACUGGCAUGAGUUUGAUGAACACUAUGACUUUGGAGAAGGCAGAUUUGAGCUAGGCACAAUAUUUGCUACAAUAAAGAGGUUCAAGGAAGUUGUGAAGGAUUCGUUUAUUGCUGAGGGGAGGGAGUUGGUCUGGAUUAAAAAUGAUAAGGAAAGGGUUAGAGUUGGCUGCAAGAAUGAGAAUUGUCCCUGGAUUGCUCAUCUAUCAUACAAUAAACAGCUGCAGUGUUUCCAAGUGAAAACCUAUAGGAGUGAACAUACAUGCGCAAGAGAUCUGGGAAGCAAUGCGGCUGACCAACACUGGAUCAGCAAAAAAGUGGAGAAAAGGAUGACCACCCAUCCCUAUAUGAACACACAUGAGGCCAUUGAUUUUUUAAAAGAAGAGUUUGAUCUAGUACUACACCCUAAAAUGGUUUACAGAGCUGUGAGGGAAGCCAAAGACAGGAUCAUGGGAAACGAGGUAGAAGAGUAUGGGAAGCUUAGAGACUAUCUAAUGGAGAUACAUAGAAGCAAUCCAAGGUCUACUGCCUUGUUGGACGUUAUUCCCCAGCCACAAGCACCCCCAACAUUCGACAAAAUGUAUAUAUGUUUCGAUGCCUGCAAUAGGGGAUUUAAGAGUGGAUGCAUGCCGUUGAUUCACUUGGAUGGAGCAUUCCUCAAGACCUAUCAUGGGGGCCAAUUGUUAUCUGCUGUGGCACGGGACGCUAAUAACCAGUUUUAUGUCAUUGCAUUUGCUGUGGCAAGGUCUGAAUCGAAAGAGUCAUGGAAGUGGUUUCUGACCCUAUUACAAGAGGACAUUGGAGAUGUGCAACAACAUGGUUGGAAUUUUAUGUCUGACAUGCAAAAGGUUAGUAAGUCAGUUUCUCUACUUAAUUUAAGUACAUAUGAUGCAAAAUGAUGAAAGUCCUUCCUGAACCAUUC